GUUGAUAUUUUAGACUUGGAAACUGAAGUAAUUCAUAAACUGAAUUGAAGAUAAGGAACAUUUUUUUUUCUGCAACCAUGGAACAGAUCGUGCUUGCACUAAUACAGUAUGUGUACACAAGCAUAUUGAUCAAGCAUACCAAAACUCGCCGUUCCAAUUUGCCGUGUACAUUCCAAGUCAGGUUAUUAGUUAGGUCGCUCGCUCAAACUCUUUUGUAAACCAUGAACGCUCAAAACACCCCCAAAACCUCUGUUCCAUUUGUCAUGACUCGAGCAGACUUUUUGAGGAUGGUUAAACUGGCUGAGCUUCCCGCUCCUAAUCCUGUUCGAGAGGAACGUCCCAUUACGCCUCGUUUUCCGGGGACUCCCGACACGCCCAUUCGCAAACCCAAAAUCAAGACUCCCUCGGAGACUGAGCAAUCCCAAGAAUCUGCUAUUAUCAUUGAACGAGCUGAAAGGAAAUUCUUAGAAGAGAUGCCCGAGACAAAGCUCUUGAACAAGUGGAUUGAGCAGGCCAAAUGCAAUGCUAUCUUGGAGGAACAAAUCCAAGAAAAACAACGAAGAAGACAGAAGAUGCAAGAAGAGAAUCGCCAAAUAGAUGAAGAAGUAGACAUGGAACGAGUUAAGGCUAUUGGAAUGAUGCACAAUCGACAAUUAGAACAUGACUCGUACAAAAAGAGCAUUAAAGAGACCUUAGAUCAACAGAUUCAAGAAAUCCAAGCCCGAAAAGCUCUCGAAGAAGAAGAAAAGCAAAAAAGCCUAAUCGAGCGCCAACAAUAUGAAGAAGUGCUCAAGCAACAAUUGGAGGACGAGAAAAAGGUUUAUCUGUCGCACCGACAAAUAAGAAAACAAGAUCUGAUGCAAUCCAUGCUAGACGCGCAAGCAAGAAGAAACGAAAACAGAGAGAAGGCCAAGGCCAUAGAGAAGAAGAUUCAAAUGGUACAAGAAGAACGUCUUCUGAAGGAAAGGUCAACGUCUCGCAAAUCUGUAGAUCCUCUGGAACCGUCGAGGCAAAAAAUUGGGGCUCUAUUGAUCCAAUCUAGGAAGAGCCGAGAGACCAAAGAGGAGAUGCUGCUCAGAAAGCAAACUGAGGAGAACGAAAGGAAGUUCAGGGUGGAAACGCUCAAAAAUCUGAAGGCCGCUAGUCAGAGAAAAGAGGCCAUUGCCAAUGAGUUGGCCCAUCAAGUGAAGGCCAAGGAACAACGCUGUGCCAUGGCCUUAAUGAAAGAGCAACAGGAGCGUGAGGAGGCAUUGAAGAUCUGGAAUGAGAGCAUGAAAGUGGAAGAAAUGAACGAAAAGGCCGUGUCUCAGCUCAAGAAGGAGUACUUGAUGGACCUACAAAGUCAGCUUCGUUAUGAAGAAGCCAAUAAGAGAGAUCAAGCAAGCAGAAAGGUGGCCGAGACCAAGGAGAUAGACAUGGACCGAAAGAACAAUCAUGAGAAGAUCCUACAAUUGAAGGAAAAGAAAUUGGAUAGACUCCGGGCUUGCAAUAUCCCGGAGAAAUAUGUCUUACAAGUGGACAAGAAAUUCACCGAACUGGUCAAGAAAAACACCGUGUCCUGAAGACAACCACAGUCACCUUAGAAGCAUACAGUAUAAUAGAUUAUCCUACACUAAUAACCUGGUUCAAAUUGGUCAUUCAGCAAUGAUAUGCAUAAGUACAUUUCCCCCAUUGUCAAAUUAGACCAAGAUCAACUCGCAUUCAAGUAACGACUUGGUGUGUAGCACGGGCAAUAAACUCUCCGAAUAACUCGA